CCUAGUAAAUGUAGUCGUGUUUGCGUUAGCUACUUAAGAAUAUUGAAAGUCAUUUUUAGUUUAAUCCGAAUCCAAUCCAUAGAGUGAGUUUAUUCGCUCAAACGACUGUAACAAUUCCCUAUCUUCAUUUAUUAUCCGAAAGCCUUAUUUUAUGCCCAGUUCCAGCUCUGUGUGUUUAAAUGCUGCGUGCCACUAUGAGCUCGAGACACGCUGACGUCAGCGCCGAAACACUGAACGAAACAAGCCAUUUCCAGCAGCGCGAGCCUCUGCCGGAGCGCUGGGCCUGCCCAAACUACUUCUGAUAGUUACCCAGUGUCUGAUCCGAGAAGUUGAACGGUGCUUUGACUGCUUUUCUUCAGUCAGUGACCGCGUCUCUCUGAAGAGCAUCGCACGCAGACGGAAGGCGCAAACAUGUCCGUGAAGCCGGAGGCAGACUCGGAGGGCAGCUGGUACGGGGAUGAUUUUGAGAAGAUUGACCGCUUCGGGAGCACCUCCGCCGUCCGGCGGGAUGACUUGGGAGACGACCGGCAGAUGGGAGACUGGGAGGACGAAUCAAGUGAUGAUAAACAGUUUUCCAGCCAUCCCGAAAGCGACCAGCAACCGCUCCCUGUUGUCAUGGAAACUGCGUCCACAGAUAAAUCAGAUUUAAUCUUCCAGAAGAAGUCCACUGAUGACAGGGAUGACCUGUACACCUCCCUCUUGUCCAAUCAAAGCUAUGCCUCACAUGAAGAUACCUCCUACUUUUCUGGCAGCAUGGGCAGAUCUGGUGACAAAAAUGCAUCCAGCACAGAAGACUUCACCUCUGGAUCCCAUUUCCAGUUGACCUUGGACUCCGGCAUCAAGAACCCCAGUGCAGAACCAACCGACAGCUCUCACAAGAUACAAGCUUUUGACUCUUCUUACAACUAUAUGGACAUCAGUCGUAAAGAGGACUCCUGUAGUUCACAGCGCCUCCUUGAGGACUGGAGGAUGAGCGGCCUCUCAGAGCCCACCCAGUACACUAAACUGGAGAAGAGCCCAUCACCGGUAGAAGUGGAUGUGGAAGACAUUGGCUCUGCUGCAAUUCUGGACUCUCAGACCUUCCCAUAUGUGGAGGAACCAUCUGAUGAAGAGCUGUCUGACUACCAGCCCUAUCGGUCUCCAGGUACCGGCAGCAGUGCCAGCCCAGUAAAAAUCACCCUGACAGAAAUGCCACCUACAUCUGUAUCGCCCACUACAGUCCAGCACAGCCCCACAGUUACAGUGUCAGAGAAGGAGAGCAUUCUGAGUCUGGGGCUGGAGGGAGUGCCAACCGUCACUCUCUCAGAGCCUGAGGAUGAAAGCCCUGAGUCAUCUACACCCCCUACAGAAGAGUCUGAUUCUCCUUUGGAUCCAAACAUCCAGGCUGAUGAAACUAAAAUAAUGAGUUCCACCCAAGACAAGACUCAAACAUCUCCCAUCUCACCCUCUCCACCUACUUCCAAGCAGGAGAGUUCCCCAAUAGAGAUGAAGUCUUCCCCCCCAAAACCUACCUUGCCUCCUUCCCCCCAGGAUGUCGAGGGUAGCAGUGCCGAAUCUGGAGACUCUGAGAUUGAGCUGGUGUCUGAGGAGCCUAGUCCACGAGCUCCCAACACUGGCUACAUGAGCUUCAGUAAGAGUCCCAGCACCACUUCAUCAACCACAGUACCUUCCACAGUGCCCGCCACAUCUUCUACCCUUGCGUUUGUCCCGAGUCCUGUAAUGCAGUACAGCAUCUUGAGGGAGGAACGUGAAGCAGAGCUGGACAGUGAACUGGCUCUGGAGUCCUGCGAAGAGGAAAGUCCCAAAAGAUUGACCCACGACUCCACAAAGGGUUUCAAGGAGAGCCCACAGCCAGUCAAAAAACCCACAACCCUGACUUCGGCAACUAAAGAACCAGUCGUGACUCCCACUGCACCUUCUUCGACUGUUCCGGCCCCAGCCAGUGCUCCUAAAGAGAAGACAUCCACCAUGGAAGAGAAGCCCAAGCCCAGCAGCACAACCCCCAGUCCAGGUCUGCCAGAGCUGAAGGUGGAGCAUCUUGCUGGGGAGGUUCACCAGAAAGAAAGAAGACGGUCCAGUCAAGCCCGCAGGGGCUCUGAGAGAAUGACUGCACCACCCGUCGUCUUCCAGGGUCUAACCAGGGAGAAAGUGAUGGAGUUGCUGUACUGGCGGAACCUGAAGCAGAGUGGGCUUGUGUUUGGCAGUUUACUGCUGCUGCUCUUCUCUCUGACGCAGUUCAGUGUGGUCAGCGUGAUGGCCUAUCUGGCCCUGGCCACCCUCUCCGCAACCAUCAGCUUCAGAGUCUACAAGUCCGUGCUGCAGGCUGUGCAGAAAACAGACGAGGGACAUCCCUUCAAAGCUUAUCUGGAGGUGGAGAUGUCACUGUCCCAUGAUCAGAUGCAGAAGUACGCAGAAAACGCCCAGUAUUAUAUCAACAGCACACUGAAAGAACUACGCAGACUGUUUCUGGUGCAGGAUCUGGUGGACUCACUGAAGUUUGCAGUGCUGAUGUGGUUGCUGACCUAUUUGGGAGCCCUCUUCAAUGGACUCACUCUUCUUAUUAUGGUGGUGGUGUCCAUGUUCUCGAUGCCUGUGGUCUAUGAGAAAUACCAGGCACAGAUUGAUCAGUAUCUGGACCUAAUAAGAACCCAAGUCAACUCUGUGGUAGGAAAGGCAGGUGGCAUGGCCAGCAGUCUGGUGCUUUACCCUGACCUGACCGAGAACCAGAACCAGGUGCGAGGCUGA